UGAAUGUGACUUUAGAUAAUGGAAAAGCCAGACCAAGGUGACUUGAAAUAGUUUUUGCAAAUAUUGAUUAAAACUGAAAAAGGAAGUGAAUUUCUUUCCACGAACGAUCGAAAAACUUCUUAUUUGAUCACAGGAAGCUGACAUCUUGGACUUUUUGGACGCGACUGAAUAAACAAUGGCAGAUAAGGCUGCAAUUCAGGAAGAAAUAAAGAAACAAGGAGAGAUUGUGAGACAACUUAAAUCAGAAAAGGCUGACAAGGGUGUGAUAUCGGAGGAAGUUGCCAAAUUACUAGAAUUGAAAGCUCAAUUAGGAGAUGAGGCUUCAAAAAAUUUUGUGCUCAAAUGCCUAAAGGGCACUCGAGACUACAAUCCCCUGCAGAUGUCAAUACGAGAAGGUGUAUUUAAAACCAUCAUAAGCUGCUUCAAACGUCAUGGGGCUGAAACGAUAGAUACACCAGUAUUUGAAUUGAAGGAAACGUUGACUGGGAAGUAUGGAGAAGACUCGACGCUAAUUUAUGAUCUGAAAGACCAAGGGGGAGAACUCUUGUCACUAAGAUAUGACCUUACUGUACCAUUUACGCGAUAUCUAGCCAUGAACAAAAUUACCACAAUCAAAAGAUAUCACAUAGCUAAAGUAUACAGGAGAGAUAACCCAGCCAUGACUAAAGGAAGGUUCAGGGAGUUCUACCAGUGUGAUUUUGACAUUGCUGGACAGUUUGACACUAUGUUACCUGAUGCAGAAUGUGUAAAGAUUGUGGCAGAGAUUCUUACACAGCUAGAUAUCGGAGAAUACAAAAUUAGGGUAAACCACAGAAAAUUGUUAGAUGGAAUGUUUGCAGCAUGUGGUGUGCCCGAUGACAAAUUCAGGACCAUUUGUUCAGCAGUUGAUAAAUUAGAUAAGGUGAGUAUAUUCUGGACUCCUUUUCAGCUUUUUCUGAAAAAUGAUAAAUUUCAACCAAAUAAUUUAAAUAAAAUCAUUUUAUUUUAUGCUAACUGAUGAAAU